CCUCAUUCGAAAGAUUUUCCUUGGAAAGCAUAAAUACCUUCUUCUUCUUGUACAUGAGAAAUUUUCUUUCUUCCCUCUCUUGUUUGAAUCAAUUCACCUUAUCAUCACAUCAAUUGAACACAUUAUCAACCUUGGUUUUUCGUCUACAUAUAAUUCUUCUAUUGUCUAACCACAUUCUAUCCAUCUUAAGAAGAAGCAGAAGAAGAAGACUUCAAUUCCUUUGAAAGAACCAACAACAAACACAACUCUAGAGUUUUUUCUCUUUCCUCCCCAACCUCAAUCAACCAUCAUAAAAGCUACUCAAUAACGUCACAAUGUGUCCUUCCUGUGAGCCAGAGCAGGCUUUAGAGACUAUUGCCGCUCAUGCUAAUGGCAAUGGCACUACUUCUAAUGGAUCAAAUGGUACUCACCCAGGAUACACAGCCAUUGAGACCAAGAAGAACCCACAUCCAGCCAAGAGAGAUAACCCAUAUCAACCCGUCGGCGAUUUCCUCAGCAAUAUCUCAAGUUUCAAGAUCAUCGAAAGUACUUUGAGAGAAGGUGAACAAUUCGCCAAUGCUUUCUUUGAUACCGAGAAGAAGAUUGAAAUUGCCAAGGCAUUGGACGAUUUCGGUGUCGACUACAUCGAAUUGACUUCACCAGCUGCUUCAGAACAAUCAAGAGCUGAUUGUGAAGCUAUCUGCAAGUUGGGAUUGAAGGCUAAGAUUCUUACUCACAUCAGAUGUCAUAUGGAUGAUGCAAGAAUCGCAGUACAAACUGGUGUUGAUGGAGUUGAUGUCGUUAUCGGUACCUCAUCUUAUCUUAUGGAACACUCCCACGGAAAGGAUAUGACCUACAUCAAGAACACCGCUAUUGAAGUCAUCGAAUUCGUCAAGUCACACGGCAUCGAAAUCAGAUUCUCUUCCGAAGAUUCUUUCCGAUCCAACCUCGUCGAUCUCCUAUCAAUUUACUCCACUGUUGACAAGAUCGGUGUUAACCGUGUUGGUAUUGCUGAUACCGUUGGAUGCGCUUCACCAAGACAAGUUUACGAUUUGAUCAGAACCCUUCGUGGUGUCGUCAGCUGUGAUAUCGAAACACAUUUCCACAAUGAUACUGGUUGCGCUAUCGCAAACGCAUACUGCGCUUUGGAGGCUGGUGCUACUCACAUCGAUACCUCCGUUUUGGGUAUUGGUGAGAGAAACGGUAUUACCCCUCUCGGUGGAUUGAUGGCUCGUAUGAUUGUCGCAGACCGUGAAUAUGUCAUGGGCAAGUACAAGCUCCACAAGCUCAAGGAUAUUGAAGAUUUGGUCGCACAAGCUGUUGAGGUUAACAUUCCUUUCAACAACUACAUCACUGGUUUCAGUGCUUUCACCCACAAGGCUGGUAUUCAUGCCAAGGCUAUCCUCAACAACCCAUCUACCUACGAAAUCAUCAACCCAGCCGAUUUCGGUAUGACCAGAUACGUUCACUUUGCAUCUAGACUUACUGGAUGGAACGCUAUCAAGUCUCGUGCCAAUCAAUUGAACAUCGAGAUGUCCGAUGAGCAAUACAAAGAGUGUACUGCUAAGAUCAAGGCCCUUGCCGACAUUCGGUCCAUCGCAGUUGAUGAUGCCGACUCGAUCAUUCGUGCUUUCCACAGACAAACCAAGACCGGCAAAGCUGUUGAGCUUUUGCCCAACAUGACUGAAGAGGAGAAGGUUUUGUUGGCCAAGAAGGAAGCUGAGAUUGCUGGUGUUCCCGAGAAGCGCAAGUUGGAUGAGGUUGCCGAAAGUCAAGCUAAGAAGGCUAGAAAUGACGUUUCCGCUUAAAUGAAGAGAGGAUGAGAUGAUAUCUCAUUUGAACCACAUCUUGUCUGUUAGGGGGUAGCUGAAUUCUUCCCAGACAAGAUGGAUCUAAAGGAAAGUAGUUGAAAUCUUCCUAGAUCUCGGUCCAAAGAUGAUUGAAAUCUCCCUCUUGGAUACUUCAUUUAUCGAAACAAAAUGGCGGGCUGAAAAGUUGCUUGUGCUAUUUGAUAUUUCUUUCCUUUUUAAAGUUGAUGAUUUGGACGGCCUUUGAAAAGAUUUCGCGGGAUACACACUUUUUGCGAGCUUUGCUUUGGGUUUGAUAAAUAUUCAGUUGUAGCAUUACAUCAUACAGUUGGUAUGAAUUGAGGAAGGCACAUUGCUUUCUUCGAUAGUUGGCGGAAAUACAAUUCUAUGGAAUUGCAUGGAUUUUUAUGA